UAAUCUGUCCUCGCCGGCUCGCAGGGAUUCGAACAUCAUGCUGUCAUCCGAGGGUGGUGACAAACUAUAGCGUCAAUAUACAAUCUGAGCGACACACACACACACACACACACACACACACACAGUCUGUGUCUCUCUGGCGGUGCAUUCAGGAGGAAGCUGCAAUGGCGAUGAAAAUGGAUUUAAAAGGCAUCAUAGAGCAAAUGGAGACGGGAGAGCAAGAUGCUGCUCUGACGGCUCUGCAGAGCUACAACACGGAGAUGAACCACUGCUUUACGUUCAGCAAGGAAGACGAGCAGUACAGAGAGGAAGAGAAGUUACGGAAGCUGCUGGGGGAGCUGGUGCUCGGCUUCCUGAACAGGGAGUUGCAGCCGUCCUGUCAGCUGGCCUGUCUAGAAACGGUCCGAAUCCUGACCAGAGACAAAGAUUGUCUGGAUCCCUUCCUCAGCCGCUCGGCCAUGUCCACUCUCGCCCGCUACGCCGGCAUCGCCGUGUUCAGUACUGCCACACCUGCACACAGCCAGCCGGGGGAGGGCCAAGUGGAGGGUGAGGGAGGAGAGGGGGAUGAGGCAGCAGAAGCAUCCAGCGAGGAGAUGGAGGAAGCCUCCCCUUCUUCAGAAAACGCUGACCAGGAAGUGAUUGCUGAGGCUCUCAAGUCCAUCUGUAACAUCCUGCUACACAACCAGACGGGACAGGUGAUAGCAGCAGAUCUACAGCUGAUAAAGGGCGUGGCAGAGAGGCUGAAGCAGUGUCAUGAUCCCAUCUGGAACCAUGAGGUGCGAUUCUUCGACCUGCGCCUCACCUUCCUGCUGACCGCCCUGAGAGUGGACGUCAGGGCACAGCUGGCUCAGGAGCUUCACGGCAUCAGUCUGCUAGGCAACCAGUUGGAUGCCACACUGGAUCUGAGUUGGCCAGAUACGUUGGAGACAGCCAGGGCGGGGUUAGAGGACGUCCCGCCAGAACAACUGCCCCCACUGAGCCGACAGCAGAUAGAACUCGCCAUGGAAAUACUGAAAAUACUGUUCAAUAUCACAUUUGACACAACCAAGCGCAAGGUCGACGAGGAAGAGGCAGCUGGGUACAGACAUUUGGGAGCCAUACUGAGACACUGUCUAUUGAGUCAUGCAGACGGAGAGGAGCGCACUGAGGAGUUCCACAGCCAUGCUGUUCACUUGCUAGGCAACCUCCCUCUGCCCUGUCUGGAUGUACUGUUGAUGCCCAAAGUGCAACAAGGCUCCAUAGAGUACAUGGGGGUCAACAUGGAUGCUGUAAACAUGCUGCUGGAAUACAUGGAGAAAAGACUGGACGGGGGACAUAAGCUUAAGGAGACCCUUCUCCCAUCACUCAACUUGCUGACUGAGAGUGCCCGAAUCCACCGAGAGACCAGGAAGCUCCUCAGGUCAAAGGUGCUGCCCCCACUGCGUGACGUGAAGAACAAGCCCGAGGUGGGCAAUUCCCUGAGGAACAAACUAGUCCGUAUAAUGACACACAUUGACACCGACGUCAAGGACUGUGCUGCUGAAUUCCUGUUUGUUCUCUGCAAAGAAAGUGUUUCAAGGUUCAUUAAGUACACUGGCUACGGUAAUGCUGCAGGUCUGCUGGCUGCCAGAGGACUGCUUCGGGGGGGUAGAGACUCGGGGAUCUACUCUGAAGAUGAAGAUUCUGAGACAGAGGAGUACAGAGAGGCCAAAGCCCAUAUAAACCCAAUAACAGGAGCUGUACAAGAGGAGCAGCCCGAUCCCAUGGAGGGAAUGACAGAGGAGCAGAAAGAAAUUGAAGCCAUGAAGCUGGUCCAAAUGUUUGACCGACUGUCAAGGACCAAUUUGAUCCAGCCCAUGCAGCUCGGUAUGGAUGGGAAGAUGAGAGAGAUUGCGCCAGAGGAUCUGCAUAAACUGACCCACAAUCCUUUGUUCCCGCCAGAGCCCCGCCAGGAGCCAGUUAAUUCAGACAGUGAAGAUGAGGCUUAGUAAACACAGAAGCAUAAAGGCAGAAACGUGGAACAUCUGUGUCAUUAUUUUAGAUAUUCACGUGACACUGGGUUUACCUUUUCUGAUGGGCGGUGAGUGACAGAAAAAGUUGGAUUUGUUUAGUCAAAGUAAAAACAAAGCAUGGAGUACAUUGGAGGCAGCUUAAAGGGCCACUUUGCUUUUUUUAUAUGUGCUAUCGUGUCAACCACAAAUCACCAGUGUUUUACUGCUCACCAUUUUCCAUUUGAAAAUUGGUUUCCUUCCACGCAGACUUUGUUUCAGUUCAUUUCAGUACACUGUAAAAAACAACUUGCUUCGGGGCGCUGUGGAGCACUUACAACACCAGAGAGGGUAAAGGUAACACUAAAACAGAUAUAUAUAUAUAUAUAUAUAUAUAUAUAUAUAUAUAUAUAUAUAUAUAUAUAUAUAUACAUAUAUCUAUAUCUAUAUAUAUAUAUAUAUAUAACAAUCACGUGUUGUUAUCUGUAGAUGGCAAAAUAUGAACAAAGCAUCGAUAUGGUCCUUUAAAUCGUGCUCCUCUCUAGAUGAAGACACACUUGUAGUAUUCACUCACUGUUAUGAAACAAUGGGAUCGUGAUUGUUUUGUGGUCCGUAUCCUAUCAUGUACUGGCUUCACCUCUGUCAGUUGAUUCUGAAAGCAGUUACAGGGGCUCGGAGAAAAAAGUGAGCAGGGUUCAGUUCUCAAUGCUAUAAGGUUUCUUAAGACACACGAGGAUAUACAGUAAACAUUUUCUAACAAUCGCUCAUUCGUUUACUCCGAUGACUUUAGAGUAGAAAGAUAAGAAAGAGGCACCAGAGGGAAGGAGGAGUAGCAUCACGACAGAUAAAUCUUCAGGAUUUUUGAUUAUUGACUUUAUGAUACAAAUUAAAACAGGCGUUGUUCAGAGUUUUCACAGAAGGAAUGUAACACACACACACACACACACACACACACACACACACACACACACAC